AUGGCAAGAGUAAAGAACUUGGAUAUACUAAGCGUUAAGAAUGAGAAUAUAAUGAAGGGUAGUCAAACAACUAAAAAACCUAUUAGUAAGCGUUUAGUUAUAAAGAAAAAAAAGUUUGUUCCGGGUAAGGUUGUAAAAGAAAUUAAAGCAUAUCAGAAGUCAGUUAAUUUACUUCUUCAAAAAGCACCUUUCAUCAGAACAACUAAGAGAAUAACCGCAGAAUUAACUGAUGAACCUUUUAGGUUUAGAAAGGCUGCUUUGUAUACAAUACAAGAAGCCUGUGAAGCUUUUAUGAUAUCAUUAUUUGAAGAUGCACAAUUUGCAACCUCUCAUGGAAAGAGAAAAACUGUUUUUACUAAAGAUUUACAAUUAAUAUACAGAAUUAAAUACAGUCAAGUUAUUUUCUCAGAAACACUCUCUAAGUAA